AUGGAAAUCAAGAAAUUGAUGAAUAUAGAAAUUUUUAGCGAGAUUGAUCAAAUAAUACUUCAUCUUUCAAGGGAUAAUAAUAUCAAGAAAUUUAUCUUUAAGAUUUCGGGAACCGACUCCUAUUUGGUACCCAGUUCGUUCUUUUCAUUGCAAGGAUUGGAGCACCUAGAACUCUCAUAUUGUACUUUUGAGCUUCCAAUAAUGAAUAGGUUGAGGAAUUUACUUGGCCCUUGGCCACAUAAGCUCCCCAUUUCACUACCCCACUUGAGAAUACUUGUUCUUGGUGUGUGUUUCGAUGAUCUUUCGACUGUUCUAUGUGUGAUCUGCAGCUGUCCAAAUUUGGAGAAGAUCAAAGCGGAGAUGUGUUGGGAGGCGGUGUUGUCAAAAAACUUUCAAUAACUUGCAUGAUAUUCAAGAUUAUUUGGGCCUCAACUUGGAUCAUCUUAAAGAAAUGGAGAUAACAAGUUUCACUAAUCAUGCUCUUGAGAUGGAGUUUGUGAAACUUGUCAUGGCUAAGUCACCUGUGCUAAAGAAAGCACUAGUAGAGCUCCAUAUAUCUGUUUAUGUUGAUGAAGAAGUCGAGAUGCUUCGAGAUUUGCUACAGAUUCCAUUAAUUUCCACGUGCAUCACCAAUAACAAAGUUUAUUAUCAAACGACCUAAACAUUAUGACCGAUAUAGGAAUUGAGCCAAAUAACGUUCUAAUAUGCUAGAUUAAUUGUGUUGGUUUAACUAUUAAGGAUUGUCAAAGCAGAGUGCG